AUGACUGCGCAUGACAUGGCUGUUACCAUAAAGACAGAAGUGUCGAUAAAACUGGCGAUCCUGAACUGCCUCAUGGCCCGCCAGCUCUGCUUUGAGGACGCCUCCUGCUCCGCCAUCUUGGAAAUCAUCCCGCGAGUCUGUGGAUCUGAACUUGUUGCCUGCUCGACCGUGACCGUGACGAAAUGCCAAGCCGCCCUGAAGACCUUGCAAGCCUUCCCGUUCUUCAAGCCGACCUGCCUCUGCCGGGAACCGAACGUGGACCCUGAAUGCAACUCGUUCAGGGACUUCCUCUUCGACCAUCCCUGCGUGUUCGUCGUGAAGAAGGAGAAAGACCCGUACCCAGUUGAGACCCUGCCUACCUGCACCUACGCCCUGACUGUCUGUCACGAGGAGAAGCCUUGCUAUGUGCUGUACGACCGGUUCAAGAACGCUUGCAAGGUCCGUGAUGGGGAAUGUCGUAUGGAUGACAGGGAGGCUUGUCGCGAAUCCUGGGCUGGUCUCCGCCUAUCUCCCCUAUUCGGAUGCAUCUGCCCCAAUACCCACAUGAAGAAACGUUGCGACCGCAUCUUCGCCUCAAUCAACCACAACCCAUGCGUUCUAAAGCUGAUGUCGGACCGACGGACCGCGAAUCGAACCGGAUCCGGUGUGACGUCAUGGAUCAGCGGUAUGUCCAUAACGCAGGAUGGAAACCUGAUCGCACCGGACAAAAUUAUGAAGCACCUACAGCGAUAUGCGAGUCCCCACAUCCAUGAACAUCAUUAUCACCACCGAAACCAUGAGCCGGGGGGGAGCGAAGACCCCCUGUAUGCUACCAAGACCGUCUACGGACCAGGAUACAUUGAUGAAAAGCAGAGGAUUGGCAAAGAGAACGGUAAAUCAGGUGAUGAGAAGACGGCGCUGCAGUCCACCUGUCACGUGGCCUUGGACUACUGCAUCAAGGACGCUGAAUGCAUGAGUUCCCUGACUCCAGUGCUGCAGAGAUGUCCCGUGGACAAGUGCGACCGGGAAGGGUGCAUGGAAGCGGUCAGGGGCUUCUACGGGAAACCAGACGUGCAUUGGAAUACAGAGAUCGCUUUCUGCCUAUGCAAGAAAACUGACAACCGCGAUGACUCCUGCAUGAACGCCCAAGAGCGCCUGCACCCGUCGUGCGCCCAGCGACAACCGUUUGGCACGCCGAUGCCCGCUUGCCAUGUCGUCGCCCACGUCUGCCGAGAAGAUCCUGAAUGCAGAGUACGUCUUGAGAACUUCGAGCAAUGGUGUGCCGUCGAUGCUGACACCCUGGGCUGUGCUGGAGCCCCAAGUGCCUGCCGUGCUGCUGUGGUGGCAGUCCUUGGUACUCAGCUCAGGGCUGCCUGUGCCUGCCGUGGUACUGACUUCAGUCUGAUGGUCGAGUGUCUCGGCUGGCAACGGCUACUUUGGCUCAACCCUUGCGUUGUGGAAGCCCAAAGCGACUACCACAUCAAGACCUACGGCUACCUCCUAACUACGACUGCUCUGGACAACAGCAUCAGCUACAUGACCAUCCCACCUUCUGCGCGCCAUCACCCAACCACUCAUAGGCAUCCCAAGCAGGAGGAGAAGGCGCCUAUAGAAAUCCAGAUUGAGCCCGAAAUCCCGAUAAUAACAACCCAAUCCCACCCAACGGAGACGCCAGUCGACGCCGAAGAACCCACUGCGGUGGUGAAGACCACAACUGAAACUACCACCGUUGCUACUACGACCACCACGACUACUACAACAACUACGACGACAACUACACCAAGGCCGACCACGACACCAAGGCCGACCACGACGUUGGAGCCGGCGAAGUACUGCGUGGUGAAGAAGCCGGAGAGUGAUGAUCAGGCGCAGUAUAUAAAGAUGGGCGAGACCAGACGACUGUACCGAUCAGCAGAACUGGCAGAAUGCACUGACCUGUGCGUCUGCGAGGUCUCGCUCCAGGUGUCUUGCAAAGUGGCCUGUGUACCUCGCGCCCCCUGCUCGUCCCGGCUGGCCCACUACUCGCACGCUGCUCCGGCGUACCAGGCGUACAGGGGACGUUGUUAUUGCUACUCGGGGUCUUUCAUCUGCAUGCGACCCAACCCUGGGGAAUAUAAACUUCCCGAAGGUGUCUACCUCCUUCUUGGAUUCAGCGCAGUGGACGAGGCUUUGCUGCGACCCCACACUGGGUUGGGAGCUGAAGAUGCCGUCCGUCUACUUCAGCAGUACAUGAACGUGGUCGAUAAUGAUGGGACAAACUGCACCUUGACUCUGUUCAACAUCAGCAAUGAGAACGUGAUCAUAUCAGCGAGCGUGCCGCCCAAGGAACAGGAGUUGUUACGGGAGGCGGGAGAGGCACUGUUAGACAGAGAAAAGGAGGAAUGCAUCGACGUCCUCAAAGAAGUGAAGUCUCGCAUCAACUCGCAGCACGAAGACAUCUCCUCCCACCUGCUUCUCUCCAUCUUCAAGAUCGCCGAAGUCGACGUCGUCUACCCCGCACCCCCCUCCUCCGCUAUCUCCACUCACAAGCCCUACGCCAUCCUCUACACUAUCAUUGUCCUCCUCACUCUUCUUUAUAACUUUGAUGACAUCUCUUUCACACUCUCUAAUAACAAAGCCGUCAAUUGUUUCUCGAAUUUACUCGGUGGUAAGGGCAAAUCUCACUCCUUAGAUAUUUAUUUUAAUGAGAGAUAUAUUUUAAAAGAUUUUUUAUCUAUUUUAAAGAGUUACAAUGAAUUUAUAAAUGUAGUUGUUGCGAAUACUUGGCACCAUGCACUUGCUUUAGGUGAAGCACAAACGAAACAUAUCACAGAAGAUAUAGAUGUAAGUGUAAUAGAUGUACUUAAAGAUAAUUUUAAGAAAAUGAUACAUAUCAUAAAAGCUGUGAGUAUUACAAUAUUUACUAAUUUUAAUGUACUUGUUGCCGAUGCAAUUAUACCUAAAUAUUUUUCUAGAGAUGUGUAUUACAAAAUUGGAUGUACUAUAAAUUAUUCGAGGCUUUUUGAUGAUUUCCGUUUUGAAAAUGUCGCGUCCUUUUCUUAUGGGAUUGUCAAAUCCGCUAGCUUAGGUAUCUAG